UCUCGAGGCGUCUGGUUGUGUGUCCGCUGGAAAAUUCAUCCAAAAAAUUCGGCGCAAGUCGCGCGGUGAUUUCGAUUUAUGUUACGGCUUCUGCUGCCCCAAAAAUAAAGCUUGUGGCAGCCAUGAAGAUGAUGCUCAAAAAUAAAUGAGCCUAGGAGUUUAAAAUAUCAAGAAGCCAGUUGCUGGAACUCUGGUAAAGUGAAAUGGUCGAAGCGUUUUAAUUGCCUCCGGUAGAAAGGAUUUCCUACUCUCCAAAAGUGUGUGCGUGUGCGUUCGGGUGAAGUGUGCGUUUCUCGGAGCCGGGCAAAGGACCUCAACCAGGACAAAUCUUCUGCCAGACAAGCCUUUUCGUCUGUCACCAAAGCGGCUUAAAGUUCCUGGAUUCAGUACGCAGCGUCUAAACCAAAGCGACGCACACCAAUACAUCAGCGCCUGUUGUGCAACAGCUGCAGUUCGCCAGUAAUCGAAACACAAUUAUGGCAAAUUCGAACAAAACUUCAUCAAAGUUUGUUAACAACAAUAACAGAGGAAAUAACUACAAAUGCAUCUGCAGCGACGGCAUCAGUAGGGGUCACAAAAUGUAAUAGACGAAGGGCGUGGAACUGAAAAGGGCCCACUCAGCUUUGCGGUGGGCAACGGUCAUUGGCGACAGCAUCAGGCAACAAGCGACAAGCAACACUGAACCGCUACAACCGACAACAAGCGCAAUCACAACAGCAGCAACAUCAAGAAACCAAAAGAAACCAAACAAAAAAAUACGCAACAUAAAUGAAGUUAACAAUCUGUCAAAUUGCUAAAUUAUUUCUGCUGUUGACAGCCUUCUUCUUUCUCAAUUCCCCCAGCGCAGCCUCUUUAGCCCCCUCCUCCACCUCCUCCACCUCCUCCACCUCCCCCAGCUUCCGCCCAGCGGCGGGUGUCCUUGUCCUGCAGGCGGCCAAGACAGCGACAGUCUUUGCUACAACGCCAGCUUCAAAAGCAGUUGCGGCUACGCGGACUUUCCCCACGACAGCAGCAGCAGCAGCAGCAACAGCAACAGCACUCGGCAGCAAUUCAAUUUGGCCAACAGCAACACAAACAAAGGGUCCACGUAAUGCGCGUGAAGCUGAACGUCAGAAACGUCAAAAGCAACAGCCCGCAACCCAACGGCAACAGCAGCAGCAGCAACAGCAGCAACAACAGCAACAGCAGCAACACAAGCGCCUGCAGCAGCAACAGCAACAGCAACAGAUACAGCAACAGCAACAUCAGAAUCAGAAUCAAAAUCAACGACUGGCCGUUUUAAUACCUUCUUCGCUGCACGUUGAUAUGACGCAUGUGCAACAGGGCUUUCAGCAUUUCCUCGAUUUUUUCCAACUGCAUUUAUCUAAUGCCAGCGUCGAUUUCCUACGUGAUGUGGAUUUAAGUGGCUUCAUUAAAUUACUCGAGCUGCCCAAAUACACGAGCGUUGUAAAGACUUUAAAUGCGGGCAUUAAUGUCGACACCGAUGUGGACGUGGACGUGGACGUGGACGUGGACGUGGUCAUGAACGUGGAUGUGAACAAGGACCAAAGCGGCACCAGGAAUCGGAAUGGGAAUGCGAAUAUGGACGUUGACCCGCCCAGCCAGCCACGUCAGCAACAUCAGCAACAUCAGCAGCAUUUGCAACAUCAAGAGCAGGAGAUGGACAAGGAGAAGGAGCAACAUCGUCAUCAUCAGCAGGACUCCAAGGCGAAACAGUUGUCAGCGGGCGAGGAGGCCUCCAUAUCCCCUGGCGGGAAUGGGGCACUUCGGUGGAACGUUGCCCGCAGCUUCUCGGGUCACUGUCAUCAGCUGGCCGAGCAACUGGCCCUCGAUUUCAAUAAGACCGUCGUCCUGUGGCCCUGUCCGCGAAUGAAAAUCUCCAGCAAUUUUCUGCCAUCUUUGGAAGCAAUUUCCCUGGCCGUGCAAAGCAUUUCCACCAAGUUGAACUGGUCGCAGGUUGAUAUCUAUGUCGGCGACGACAAUUGGGGCCUAGGACUGGCCAUAGCAGCCAACUUGCAUGUGCCGUAUCGCAUCGAAAUUGGCAGGACAGUACGUGACCUGCAUUCGCAGGAUAAACCGGGCAAAGCAAUCAUCAUCACUGCCCCGCUGGACGACGGCAGUACCACGCGGCUCCUGUCCAGCAUCGUGGCGAAGUGGGAUGCAGAUGCGGAUGCGGAGGAGCCCAGGAGGCCGCACACCAAAAUCCUGCUCAUCGACAUGGCGGCCAGCUCAUUGGACAUCCAGCACGGGUUCUACAAAUAUUUGACACGGAUCGGCGGGUCGGCGGGGCAACGGGACGGCUCCGGGGGCAACACGACCUCUCCGGCGGGAGUGGUCAGCAGCAAUCUGUUGGUGCUGACUCUGCUGAGCGACAGACAUCGACACUUUCUGAACGCGGCCGGAUUGAUGGCAACAAUGCAGAGUUUUCGCACGCCCCUCGGAAGUGCUGAAACGCGAAACCACACGGAACCACCGCCCACUGGCCAACGCAACGGCAACCUGGACAAGCUGUACCCCUAUCGCAGUCUCUUCCCGCUCUACGACACGGUGGCAGCCACCGCCACCGCCACGGCCACCCAAUCGGAUGCGGAGCAGGCGAUCCCCAAAUACGAUUUCGUUGUGCUGGACAUCGUUAGGGACGUCCAGGUGGCCACUUACAAGUGGCGACCCCUGCUCAUCCUGGAGAGUGACCAGCAAAGGGGGCCGCAGGGUGGCCAGGGUGGUGCCUACAUCACCCACUCCGUGCAGCCGGGCUACGACGAGUGGCUGCUGGUCAGCAGCGUCCUUCUGUGGCAGUGCGGCGCCAUCUGCUGGACCAUCGCGGCCAUUUGCGUGGGCCUCCUGGUCAUCGCCGUGGCGGGCAUUGUGGCCGCGGGCAUUGCUAUGAGGAAUUACUUCUUACGGAAGCGUCUCUCCAAGGGACCCAACAAGAUAGUCCUUUCCUCCAGCGACUUUGUCUUCCCCGUGGAUUCCCGAAGGGUUGAUGAGGGCAUUGAGGCCAUGCUCUGUUGUUGGCUGCAGCAGCUGCAGGAGUUUGGUGGACCCGAAGUGGAUAAACCAGAUCUUUUGAAAGGCUCCAUUGGCUCGCUAAAGAAUCUGGGAUUCGUGAUACCCGGCGCAGCUGGUUCAGCUGGAGCCAUCACGGCCACGGCGAAUGGCAAGGGGGUGUCCUCCGCCACGGGCAGCCUGGCCAGGCACAAUCCCGCCCAUCUGGACAUGAGGGCCCGCUACAACGGUGAUCUCGUCCAGCUGAAGGAGGUGCACAUGAACGGCUCCGUGGAGCUGCGCACCAAAGCGAUGGAUCUACUCGUAAUGGCCCAUGGUCUGAGGCAUGAGAACAUUAAUCCUCUAAUUGGCUGGCUAUCCGAUCCCAACCGCACGGCCAUGGUCUUCGACUACUGCUCCAGGGGAUCGCUUCAGGACGUCCUCAUCAUGGACGAAAUCAAGCUGGACUGGUCGUUCCGGCUGAGUCUACUCACGGAUCUGGUGAGGGGCAUGCGGUACCUGCACACCUCUCCCCUGAGGGUCCAUGGGGCCUUGACCUCCAGGAACUGCGUAGUGGACGCCCGGUGGGUCCUCAAGAUCACCGACUACGGCCUGAACUCGUUCUACGAAUCCCAGGGUCUGCCGCCCAGGCCCCGAAGUGCCAAGGAGCUGCUGUGGACAGCUCCGGAGCUGCUGCGCAGCAUGAAGCUCCACCAGCAACAGCACCACCAUCACCACCAGCACGGACGCACCCAGUUGGGCACCCAGCUCGGCGACGUCUACUCCUUCGGGAUCAUCAUGCAGGAGGUGGUGGUCAGGGGAGAGCCCUACUGCAUGCUCUCCCUGGCCCCCGAGGAAAUAAUAGCCAAGAUCAAGAAGCCUCCGCCGCUGAUCCGGCCCUCCGUGUCCAAAGGAGCCGCUCCUCCGGAGGCCAUCAAUAUCAUGCGCCAGUGCUGGGCCGAGCAGCCCGACAUGCGUCCCGAUUUCAACUCGGUUUAUGAGCGCUUUAAGAUGCUAAACCAUGGACGCAAGGUGAACUUUGUGGACACCAUGUUCCAAAUGCUCGAGAAGUACUCAAACAACCUGGAGGAGUUGAUUCGGGAACGCACCGAGCAACUGGACAUUGAACGAAAGAAGACUGAACAGCUGCUGAAUCGCAUGUUGCCAAGCUCGGUUGCUGAGAAACUAAAGAUGGGCUUGGCCGUCGACCCGGAAGAAUUUUCCGACGUAACCAUAUACUUUAGCGACAUUGUUGGUUUUACAACAAUCGCCGCCCAUUGCAGUCCCGUACAGGUUGUGGAUUUGCUCAACGAUCUCUACACAAUAUUCGAUGCCACGAUCAAUGCCUACAAUGUGUAUAAAGUGGAGACAAUUGGAGAUGCCUAUAUGGUGGUGAGCGGACUACCCGUGAAAAUACCCGAUCAUGCCGAGCAGAUAGCCACCAUGGCCUUGGACCUGCUGCAUCAGAGUGGUCGCUUCAAUGUGAAGCACCUGCCCGGCGUUCCACUCCAACUGAGGAUCGGCCUCCACACGGGUCCUUGUUGUGCCGGGGUGGUGGGUCUCACGAUGCCCAGAUACUGUUUGUUUGGCGACACAGUCAAUACGGCAUCGCGAAUGGAGUCCACCGGAUCCUCCUGGCGCAUCCAUAUGUCCCAGGAAACCAGAGAUCGACUGGAGGCUCGUGGCGGCUAUGCCAUCGAGCCAAGAGGCCUGAUCGACAUCAAGGGCAAGGGCAUGAUGAACACCUUUUGGCUGCUGGGAAAAAAGGGCUUCGAUAAGCCGCUGCCGGCACCACCGCCUAUUGGGGAGUCACACGGCUUGGAUGAGUCCCUGAUCCGCAACUCGAUAACCCUGAAGGCGCAGGCCAACAAAUCCCGGACGAGCACGAAUCCCUCCUCCUCGCAGAGCUCUUCGCUGGCGGGCGAGUCCGUGGAGGUGAAGGUCGAGAUAACGCCGCCCACCAACGCGGAUCUGGGCUCCGGGGCCAAUCUGCCCAACUCGUACUCCCUGGACUCGAACUCCACCAACACGAUCAGCCCCAAUGCCACCCUCUGUCCGGAGUUUCCGGGCAAGACGACGCCCAGCAGUGCCAGUCCGCAGUCGCGCAAGCUCUCCGAAUUGACGCCGGACAACCUGCUCAAUCCGAACAGCUUCAACCGGCUGCCGAACUCCACGGGCGGCUCCAGUUCGCGUCUCUACAAGAAGAUCGAGGAGAUGAUGGACCUCAGUUCGCCGUACAAUCACUACAAAUGCCUCAGUCCCAGCGAGAGCAAUCUCACCCAGUUCUAUGACGGCAAGUACCUGUACGGCACUGCGGCUGGCGGUGCGGUGGGCGGGGCGGGGGGCGGACAGGGCGGGGGACAGGGUGGCGGUGGCACCUGUUCCUCGGCCACCGGGAGCGGGUGUGGGAGCGGACCGGCCCGGUUCGAUAGCAAGCCCGGCUCCAGUCGCCUGCUGCGUCGGCAGUUCAGCUUGGAUCGCGAUGACCAGCAGGCGAAGGGAGAGCAGCAGCAGCACCACCACCAGCACUCCCUCCAGGCCUCCACCUAUGCGGCCUUGGUGGGGGGUGCUGGUGGUGGGGGUGGGGGUGUUGGUGGUGUAACCAAGACCUCCAUGCUGGACAUACCACUGCUGCACGACACCUCACGCAGUCCCAAGGGCACGCUGACGCGGGCCCACAAGCAGAACUCCGCCUCGAUUACCCAGGAUCUGGAGAAGAUCGAAGAGAUCCCGCUGUCGCCGGCCUCCUCCCAGCACCACAGCAGUCUGGACAGCAACCUCAAUCGCAGUCCGCCCUCGACGCUGGAGGCACAGUCGCCAACGCUGUCCCCCCUCAGUCCGCCACAGCUCUCCGCCCCCACCUCGCCGGCCCCCUCAAGGACCUUGAACGGUUUGCAUGCCCACGGCAGCAGUGCCACCCACUCCCACGGAGCCACGGCCAACAACAAUAAUGGCACCCAUGUCGGCCCAGAGUUGACCCUCAAUGCGGAGCAGCUGCUGAGCAGAUAGGGCACAAUCUAAGGCCCCCAAGGAAAGGGCGCCGAUCAAAGCUUUAGGUCUCAUCCGAACCCAGUUUGACUGUGUGUGUAUGUGUGUGUGUGUGUUUGUGAGUGAUUGGUAGUGACUUUUGGUUUUAGAUAUCGUAAUGGGGGAAAAUGUUGUGCAACACCAUUGUCCCACUGGCAAAAAGAUUUGCAACUAAAUCGUUUGCCAGAAGUAAAGACUUUAAGAUCACAAUUAACCACUUCGUUUCCCAAGCUACGAUUUUAAAAAAAAAUAUUUAACAUCACAUUCCCAUUAGUUUUCCAAUUGAUUUUUUUCUCAUGUUUAUAUUUAUAUAUUUAUUUAUAUAAUAUUUUUUUUUUGCUCUAAUGGUAGCAAAAUCUAUUGAUAUGUAAUUGAUAUUUAACUAGCUUUUAACUAUUUUUUCAGUUAAACAAAUUUAAAUUAAUUUAAUUAAUAACAAAUGAUAAUUAUUUAUGUUAAUUUAUGUUAUAAAAAUAUCUUUCUUUCAAGACAUAUUUAUUUAAAAGUUCUCAAGUCUGUAAUAUUAGGUGAUACCAUGAACUACAUUUCCCAACGAUUUCCACAAGUCCGCCCAGAAAUCGACUCAACCCAGAAUGCAGAGUGAGUGUGAUUGUGAUUGUGAGUGUGAAUGUGAAUGGUAAUGAUUUAAAAAUGUUGUGAUGUGGAAAGCAAAGUACCUCGAUGCAUGCCAGCUAGGUUCCAGCAGCAAAUGAAAGUACAAUUUAGUUGAGCAUUAGUUCAAGAUGUGUGGCUAAUACCCCAGUUACUGUCGAUCGUCCAUAGCAAAAAUCAGCGUUACGCCAAAUCGAAUACAUAGACCCUAGAUCCAACCAGAAUUAGUUUCAUUUCAAAACAAUGUUACCAAUGUAAUAAUGGAUUGUUUUAUAUUACAUGUUUUUUUUUUAAUCUUUCUUUUUUUUAAUAUAUAGUAACAUAUUUAACAUGUCAUGUCUGUCAAGUAUAUCCGUGUAUAGACUUUGAUAGUUUGUAGAUCUGAACUUUAUUCAAUUAGUAAAAAAAAUCCAGUUUCCGUAGGCGUUUAUGUUUUUCCAAAACUUUUCCAAUUUUUUGUGUUUUUUUUUUCUUUUUCGAUUCGGUUCGAUUUAAAAAUUUUAGGCUUUUCAUUUAUGUUAACCGGGAUCGAAUUAUCAGUGCUCAUACAAAAAAAUAAAUAAUAAUUUUUUUCAAAUUAAAUUUUAUCACUUUUAAAAAUGUCAUACAAAUAAUUAUGUGAAUAUUAUUAGCAUUUCCUCAAUGAUUUACUACCUCAUAUUUUUGGUUUCUUACAACCUUUAUAAUAAGUUGAACAACAAAACAAUGUUCUUAAAAAUGCUGGUAACGAAAGAGUUAAGCCAUUCCUUUAAAAUUUAAAAAUGUUUUGCAUAGACUCAAUCUUGAACUGUUUAAAUUCAUUCAGAAACCACUCCCUCUAAUCACAAUGACUACAUUAUUGAUCUAAGCAACCGGGCUGAUUUUUGUUGUUCCACUCGAGUGGAUUUUCGAUUAAACUAAUGGUAGGAUACUAAAGGUAAAUACCUACUUGAUGUUCCUUGCAAAAACAAAGUAAUAACUAGAUCUUAAACUUUGCGGAAAUAUUAGGAAACAUAGCGGACAUUCAAAAAUAUCUAUGAAAUAAGCAUCGCAAAUGUGAAUUUAGUUUUCUAAAGACAAUCGUUGUUACUUUUAAAUGAACGCAAACUAAAUGAAGAGUAGGAUUCCCAAUGGGAUCGACUAUGGUUUGUCUCCAUGUCUAUGAUAUAUGAUAUAUUUUGUAACCGCUCUACGAUAGCCUAGUUGUAUUGUAAUCUACUCUCAUCCAGUGCGUGUGUGUCCAACAUAAGCUAUAAAUAUCCACAUAGAGAAAAUCAAACUAAAAUAUCAGUUAUAAUACAUACCUAUAUACGUGCAUACAUAUAGAAUCGAGUUUCUACCUAAUUCCAGCGGUACGCAAUUCCAAGCCAAGUCAACUAACUCACAAACAUUUUGUAACCAAUUUAGCUUUAAGAAUGAUCAGAUCACAUCAAUCAACCAUUUAAUUUACUCUGUAUUCAUUUGGCAAAUCGUUAAAAGCUGCUCAAAUUUACGACAAUUACUAUGUCAAUUAAGGCAAAACCGAACACUAAAAACUCAGCAGAAUAAUAAAAUAUGUGUACUUUCCCUGUGUCGUUCAUUUGUCUGUGAAACAACAUUUCCAGUUAAUUAAGACCGCAUUUAUAUGGCAGUCACUCUUUGUUUAAGUGCUUUUGUAACUCAAAUGUUUCAUUCUCCGCCAGAAUCAACACAUGAAUGCAUAAACAAAUAAAUAAAUACAUAAACACUAUAAAAUUGCAAUUGAAGUUGUUAUCUGUAAUUUCCCAGACAUAAAAACUGGAUAGCAUUCACUUUGUGG